AUGGGCGACCUGGAGCUGCUGCUGCCCGGGGAGGCGGAUGUGCUGGUGCGGGGCCUGCGCAGCUUCCCCCUGCGGGAGAUAGGAACUGAAGGGUGGAACCGGCAGCACGAGAACCUGGAGAAGCUGAACAUGCAGGCCAUCCUGGAUGCUACGGUCAGCCAGAGCGAGCCCAUCCAGGAGCUGCUGGUCACCCACGGCAAGGUCCCGACACUGGUGGCAGAGCUGAUCAGUGUGCAGCUGUGGAAACAGAAGGUGUUCCCUGUAUUAUGCAGGCUGGAAGACUUCAAGCCCCAGAACACCUUCCCCAUAUACAUGGUGGUGCACCACGAGGCCUCCAUCAUCAACCUCCUGGAGACAGUGUUUUUCCACAAGGAGGUGUGCGAAUCUGCAGAAGACACUGUCUUGGACCUAGUGGACUACUGUCACCGCAAACUGGCCAUGCUGGUGUCCCGGAGUGGCCAGAGCAGUUCCCUUGAGGAGGAAGACUCUCAGGACACCACCCCCAUGCAGGAACUACAGAAACAGGCUGAGCUGAUGGAGUUUGAGAUCGCACUGAAAGCUCUCUCGGUAUUGCGCUAUAUCACCGACUGUGUGGACAGCCUCCCACUGAGUGUCCUGAGCCGGAUGCUCAGCACCCACAACCUGCCCUGCCUCCUGGUGGAACUGCUGGAGCACAGUCCUUGGAGUAGGCGGGAAGGAGGCAAGCUGCAGAGAUUUGAGGGCGGCCGUUGGCAUAUAGUGUCCCCUUCAGAGCAGCAGAAGCUGAGCAAAUUGGACGGGCAAGUGUGGCUUGCCCUGUACAACCUGCUGCUGAGCCCUGAGGCCCGCUCUCGCUACUGCCUCACAAGCUUCGCCAAGGGACAGCUGCUCAAACUUCGUGCCUUCCUCACCGACACCCUGCUGGACCAGCUGCCCAAUCUGGCUGACCUGCAGGGUUUCCUGGCCCACCUGGCCCUGGUGGAACCCCAGCCCCUUAAGAAGGAUCUGGUGCUAGAACAAAUCCCAGAAAUCUGGGAACAGCUGGAGCGAGAGAACAAGGGCAAGUGGCAGGCGAUCGCCAAGCACCAGCUUCAGCACGUGUUCAGUCCAUCUGAGAAGGACCUGCGGCUGCAGGCAGCAAGAUGGGCGGAGACCUAUCGGCUGGAUGUGCUGGAGGCCAUCGCUCCAGAUGGACCCCGCUGUGGCUAUUGCAGUGCUGGGGCCACCAAGCGCUGCUCCAGGUGUCGGAAGGAGUGGUACUGCUGCAGGGAGUGCCAAGUGAAGCACUGGGAGAAGCACAAGAAGGCUUGUGUCCCAGCAACGCAGGAUGACAGAGCCAAGUGAAGGACUGUAACUGCCCAGGGAUGCCCCAUCCCUGUGCCAAGGCCACCCACCCUGAACCCCCUGAUCCCCUCUGGCUUCUUCUGCCCUGGACCGCUGCUGCAGGCUGCCGGGUGGUGGUGAGCUCAGCAGAGAGAAGUAGAGCUGCUGACCCAUCCCCACCCCCAUUUCCUGCCCCACCCGUGGGCAGGCAGAAGGCGCUGCCUCAGCAAACUGGAAGGGGGCCGGAUGUGGGGACCCUCUUCCCCCCCACACACACACCCGUAGCACCAUAAAGCUGGUCCCCAAGACACA